CACCUCGCAACCCCACUGUAUUCCUCUCGAAUUCUGUUGAAAUAUUACUCAGCAUAUUCUCUCUCUCUCCCCCUCCGUCUGUCCUUUUCUUUCAUUUUCUCUCUUCAUCGUCGUCGUUCGUACCUAAGGGAAAACCAAUUUCCUUUCACUGAAAACCCAGAAAAAGAUCAAGAAGGGAAAAAGCUUAUUUCUUUUACCUUCGUUUUCCACUCUAUAUUUCUUUGUGUGUGAUCAUUAUGGAUCUCUGGUCUGUACAACUGCAAAGCAAUAGUUAUCUCCUUAGGAAUUCGAUUCUUGAGAAACCCAUCUUAUGGAACUUGAAAAAUUCAGCUAUGGCUCUUGAGAUCAGGAAAUCUUGUUUAGAUUCUUGUAAAUAUAGAUCAGUUGUUGUGAGUGCUAUGGGGAAAAAGAAUAAUGGGAACUCCAAUUCUUCUUCUGGGAACAGUGAUAAUUCUAAAGCAGGAGGAGAUAAUCUAAAAGGAAGCAAUCCCGAAAAUAACACAUCUAGUGACUCAAGCUUCAAGAAGUCCCGUCAAAAGCCAUUAGACUGGAGAGAGUUCAGAGCGUCCCUUUACAUUCAGGAGCAGGCUGAAGCUGUGGUCUCCGACAUGCUCAAGCAAGACAAGGCAGCUUUGGGGUCAAAAUCUCUUCCCCUCAAGUGGGCCCACCCAAUUUCAGUACCUGAGAAUGGUUGUCUCCUUGUUGCAACAGAAAAGCUCGAUGGUGUUCGCACCUUCGAGAGAACUGUCGUUCUCCUUCUCAGGUCUGGUAUGCAGGACCCACUAGAGGGACCAUUUGGGGUUGUCAUAAACCGAUCACUUCACAAAAGAAUGAAACAUAUGAAUCCCACUAAUAUUGAUCUGGCAACAACAUUCGCCGAUUGUUCUUUGCAUUUUGGUGGACCCCUAGAGUCGAGUAUGUUUUUGCUAAGAGCGCGUGAAGUUACAGGACUUAACGGUUUUGAAGAGGUGAUUCCUGGUGUGUGUUUUGGCUCUCGAAACAAAUUGGAUGCCGCUUCGGCAUUGGUGAAGAAGGGAAUACUUGAGCCCCACGAUUUCAGGUUCUUUGUCGGAUAUGCCGGGUGGCAGUUGGAUCAGUUGAUGGACGAGAUUGAAUCAGGUUAUUGGCAUGUUGCUGCAAGUAGUGCAAACUUGAUUUUUGGAGGUUUCGAAAAUUCUUCACCAGAGAGUUUGUGGGAAGAGGUUCUACAGCUGAUGGGGGGUCAUUACUCAGAGUUCAGCCGCAAACCUAAGCAGGAUCUCUAGUUAUCUUCGAGCCAAAGAACAUAAAAUUAAUAAUCAUUAGUCGACGGCGGUUGUCUGACUCAGAAUGUACAGGAUUAUCUAACAUAGAGUUUAUAAUUAGUUUGAGCUUUUUUUCCUUCUUUCCUAUUAUCUAAAUAAGUUUGCUAUUUAUGCAUGUGUUUGACGAAACAUUAUAGUUCUGAUGAGAAGUUACCUUGGCAACAUUUGAUUAAAGCUGCUGUUAGUCAAACAUAAGUCGAAAACAGAAACUGUGUCACUACUUUUGUCCA